AUGGCUCAGAAGAGCCCCGAAGUCAACGCCAUUAAUCUCCCCUACAAAGACCUGGCCUCUGAAGUGACCAGGCGCAGAGUCACUAUGGACACAAGAGAGGAGAUCAUUACCAAGAAAAGCGAUGAAGCUAAGGAGACGCUCUCACGUCUGGGUUCGGAACAAGCCCUUCCUCCCGACGUGGCCCACCGCGAGGCACCUCCCGCGCCGCCCCCUUCUCCAGCUGAGUGGUCCACGGACUCUUAA